UCAUCACCAUCCAUCCACAGAGCUAGCUAGCAUCGCUCGCGGGCCAUCACGAUUCCUUCCCUACGCUUCCUCAUGGCCGCCACCGGCACCGCCACCAGGCAGCAGCAGCCGGCGGCGGCGGCGGCGGUGGACCCCAAGUUCGAGUGGGCGGAGAAGGCCGGCACCUACGUGCUCCGCCUCACCCUGACCGGCUUCAGGAAGGACGACUUCCGCGUGCAGGUGGACGGCGCGGGCAGGCUCACCGUGCGCGGCACCAGGCCGGGCGCCUCCCUCCACAAGGUCUUCCAGCUGCCCGCGACCGCCUGCCUCGACGACAUCGCCGGCCGCUUCGAGGCCGGCGUGCUCACGCUGUCCGUGCCCAAGCGCGCCGGUGCAGCCCCACCGACGAGCAUCGAGAAGAGUAAACCUGGUGCGGCCAAGGAGGAGAAGGCCAAGCCGACGCCACCAGCAGAGGUCGACGCCGGCAAGAGCAUGCCCGCCAAGCCGACGCCACCCACAGAGGUCGACGCCGCCAAGAAGAUGCCCGGGGAGGAGGGUGCUGCCAAGCUGACGCCGCACGCAGAGGUCGAUGGCGCCAAUAAGAUGUCCAAGGAGGAGGGUGCCGCCAAGCCACCGCCGUCACCAACCUCCCGCCGGCUGCCAUCCAGGGACGGCGGGGCUGGAAAGAAGGAGACCAACGGCGCCAAGCAGACGGCUACCAGGGACGACGGCGGCGAGAAGAAGGAAGCCGUCGUUGGCACCGAGCCCAAGGAGAGCACGCUCGGCAAGACAACACGUCAGGUUGCGGAGUAUGUUCACCGCAUGGAGGAGGAGAGCAGACGCAAGCAAAUUGAGCAUAAGCCGGCGCCGGCCGCGAAGAAGGAAGAAGAAGUGAAGCCCAAGGCACCCCAGCCAGCAGCAGCCGCGCCGACACCGGAGAACCCCGUGCCGAAGGCAGAGGUUGCCAACGGCGAGAAGGCCAAGGCGGCGGUUGACCCGGAGACGAUAAGGCGGCGCGGCGAGGAAGAGAGGGCCAAGGCUGCUGCCGCGGCAACGGUCAUAGAGGCAAAAGCGGAGCGAGAGAAGAAGGCGGCGGCGGCGACAUGCAGGGCCUGGAAGGAGCGCAUCGCCGGCGAGCUCAAGGGGCUGGCGGACAUGAAGUGGGCGGACAACGCGGUGGAGACGGCGAGGAAGAACAAGGAGGUGGUCGCCGUCGGCGUCGCCGCCUUCUCCAUCGGCUUCCUCGUCUCUCAGAAGCUCUUCAGGAAGUGAGCAGCACUAGCUGCAUCUGUAGCAUACACGGACAGUGGGUAAAUAUGUACUGAACACAAGGAACAUGUAAAGAUAUGUGUGCAAGUAAAGUGUGUACAUAGAGACAACCAACAAGCUGGCUGAAGAUUCAUGUGCAACAUACAUCUUCAGUUUGUUCUAGGGAAGUAACCUUAUGUGUGCAGGCUUAUGUGGUUCUUUUAUU